AUGGCAGGAGAUGUGAAAAGGUUCACACGUAUGCUACUGGAGUGCAACAGCAAUGACAAGCUAUGUGUUGUGCGUGAACAUCAAACUGAAGUGAUUGUUGUCCCAGUUCUCCUUGUGGGUUUUUUUGUCAUUGUGCUAACUGUGAUCCUUUGGCUCCACUGUCGAGGCUUGCGAGCAAAGCAGGAGCGAUCAGCAGCAGCUGGAACCCAAGGGAGAGCUUUGUUGCUGAGUGACACAUCUGUGGAGAGCCUGCUAAGUUCUGCAUCCUUGACUCUUAAAGAACUGCAGAUACCACGACAGAAACUCCUACCAGGCACCUUGCAGCUGAUAAAACACAGCAGCUAUGGGAGGAUCUACAGAGCACAACUGGAAACUGGGAUCCCUGGGAAGACUAAGACUGUAGUAUUGAAAGCCUUGCAAGACCUGGCUAGUCCCCAGGAAGUAAAGGACUUCCUGGGAAGGAUUAAAUUCCAUCAGAAUCUUGGCCAUCAUGAGAACCUUGUUGAAUUGGUUGGAUGCUGUGUAGACCAGAUGCCACUUUAUAUGAUUGUGGAAGAUGUGUCUCUUGGUGACUUGUUGACAUUUCUAUGGACAUGUCGGAAGGACAUAAUGGAUGCGCAUGAUAUUCCCUAUGACCUCACCGAGAGGCAAGUAUAUGAAGUUGGACAGCAAGUUGCAGCAGCUCUGGCUUACCUUGAAGAAAAGAAGUUGUUCCAUGGUGACAUUGCUGCCAGGAAUGUCCUUCUUCAUCACAACUUCACUGCUAAGCUCAGUGGUUUGGGCCUGGCCUAUGAAGCUCAGACAUAUGGUGCCAGCUCAGUCACACGGACGGUGCCAGUCAAGUGGCAGGCACCAGAGAGGCUCAUGAAGAAACCCCCUGGCAUCAAGGCAGACAUAUGGUCUUUUGGAAUUCUACUGUAUGAAAUGAUUACUUUAGGUGCUCCACCAUAUCCUGAUGUGCCAGCUCCUGACAUCUUAUCAUACCUGCAGAGACAGAACAUUAUGAAGCAGCCCUCAAGCUGCCAGCAAGCCAUGUAUGGCAUCAUGAAGUCCUGCUGGCAAUGGAAUGCAAAUAACCGACCUUCUCCAGCACAACUGAUCAGCUCCCUAAAAACAGCUACAAAGACCAGCAAUGGCCAUACAGUACUGCAGGUGCCUGAGCCAGUGGUGCCUGAACUCUAUGCUAAAGUUGCUGGUGUUGAUGUGCACAGUCUGGUGAGGGAAUACACUGUCCUCUGA